CUCUGCUUGUCCUCUACACAGUGCAGUAGGAUAGUCUUGCCAGUAGGAAUACUGGGACAUAGGCUGACUUGCUGUUUUUUAUUUCUCUCCUUGAGUCAUGGUUCCUUCUGGGCUUCACGUUUGGAGAUGGAUACUGUUCGCCUGCUUUCACUGGCUUUGUGUCUGUCAAGAAACUCCAAGACCGAUUUACAUGGUAGCCACUCCUGCAGUGAUCCAGGCAGGCUCAGAGGCCAAGCUUUGUGCCAGCCUUCUACAGCCCAACGAGACCCUGGUAAUGACCAUAUCUCUGAUCGCCAAUGGACAGAACAAAAUACUUCACCAGGAGAGUUCUGAUCAAGAGUUUCACCGCUGCUUCCAGUUUCAGGCCCCUCAUGUGGAGAAUGACGAAGUGCAAAAUUUUAAGGUGAAGGUUCAAGGUGAAACGUUUCUGUCGACAGAGGAGAGAAAGGUCAUGAUUAAACCCUACAAACCGAUGACAUUUGUCCAAACAGAUAAACCAAUCUACAACCCGGGACACACAGUGCAGUUUAGAGUCAUCACCUUGGAUACCAGUUUUAGCCCUGUCAAUCAGCUGUACAACAUUGUGGAACUGCAGGAUGUUCAUCAGAACAGGAUUGGACAGUGGGUCAAUACUACAUCCAGUGGCAACAUUCUGCAGCUUUCUUACCCCCUGAACUCUGAAGCACCCGUAGGAUCCUAUGCUAUUGUAGUGUGGAUUGGUGAAAACAAAAUAUACCAUCGCUUCAAGGUAGAAAAGUAUGUUUUGCCAAAGUUUGAGAUCAAAAUGAACCUCGCCGAUGAGAUCAGCUUUGUUCAAGAGGAGUAUAAAGUAGAAGUGUGUGCAACAUACACGUAUGGGCAGCCUGUACCUGGUAAAGCAGAGGUAGAGUUGUGCCGACCCUUAGGGCACAAUGUAUUGAUACCAAUAAGAAUUGAUGAGAAAAAUCCAGAAGGAGUUCCUGAUUAUACACCCCCCUGCCAUAAAGAGUCAAUAGAGAUGGACCAAACUGGCUGUGCUUCUCAUGUCUUCAACAUGUUCAUUUUCACAAAGGAUGCUGGCCAGAAAAUGCUCAUAGACAGGCUGAGUUUUAAUGCCAAAGUAGAGGAGGAGGGGACAGGUAUUACACAGUCAAAGGAAAAACACAUUGAGCUCUCCUAUGUGAUUGGAAAACUCACAUUUGUUGACACACCCAAAAUCUAUGAGCAUGGAUCAAUUAUCGAGGGAAAGAUAAACGUUGUUCACUUCAACAACACACCUAUCUCAGACAUGUUAGUCUACCUUUUGGAGGAGAAAAACUGGUCCUCACAUCAUCUCCAGAACCUGACCACGGACAGUCAUGGUAUUGCCAGUUUCUCCCUCAACACAACCAGUAUGCCCAAAGAGAAUAUUAACCUCAUAGUAAGCAACACACCACAAACGGAGAGCAGUAGAUACAGGGUCCCCUAUUUCAAAAGAGGGCAACACAAACUCUCACUGAUCCAGCCCACUGCCCCUCACAGUAAAACAUCCAGCUCUCUGGCUAUUCAGAAGAUGGAAAACCCACUGGCAUGUUGGGAGGAAGUGUCAAUCACCAUCCAGUAUGCCAUCGUAGGGGAGACUGUCCCAAAGGGCUCCGUGGAUUUCAUCUACCUGGCCUUAUCCAGAGGGGUGAUAGUUCAGCAUGGACAUAUGAAGGUUACCGUGCAGCACGGGAGUCCUGCAACUGAGGGUGAAGUUACUUUGAAGUUGGCAGUGGUUCCAGAGAUGGCGCCUGUGGUACAGGUUCUUGUGUACAGUAUGCUACCCAGUGAGACUGUCAUCGCCCACAGCAUGAACUUUCCCACUGAGAAAUGCUUCAGGCACAAGGUGUCGGUGGAGUUCUCACCCUCACAAGCAGUUCCAGGGGAGGAGAACACCCUGCAGCUCUCGGCCCAGCCCGGCUCCCUCUGUGGCCUCAGUGCUGUGGACCAGAGUGUUCACAUCAUGGAGCCAGGGAAGAGGCUGGAUGCUGACAAGAUAUUUGAUUUGUUACCAGUCAAGGAGUCAACACACAUUCCCUACCAGCUUGAAGAUCCAGUAGCAUGUUUACAUGUAAGACCAAGGAGAUAUGUAAUGCCAUACCCAGGACAAACUGAGGAGGGAAAUGAACCUCAUGAAGUUUUUAAGAAACUGGGACUGAAGCUGGCAACUAAUCUGGUUCUAAGAGUACCUUCCUGCCUAAGUUAUAAGGGGAACCAGUACCAACGUGGCUUCCUCCACCAUCGAGUCAUGGACAGACUUCUAGUGGCUCAAUCUGUAGCAUUCGGUGCCCCUGCACGUCUGCCACCCAUACAGACGGUCCGUACCUUCUUCCCUGAGACGUGGAUAUGGGAUCUUGUGGAAGUUGGGGAAUCCGGAACAGCAGUCAUGCCCCUCACAGUUCCAGACACCAUCACCACCUGGGAGACAGAAGCAUUCUGCCUGGCUCCUGGCGGCUUCGGCCUGGCUCCUCCAGUGGAGCUCACUGUCUUCCAGCCCUUCUUCCUGGAACUCACCCUGCCCUACUCCAUCAUCCGUGGAGAGCACUUUGAGCUGAAGGCCACUGUGUUUAACUACCUGUCCAAGUGCAUCAUGGUUUCUGUGACUCCAGCUCACUCCUUAGACUACACUCUCACACCCUUGAAGGAUGUCCAGUACUCAUCAUGCUUGUGUGCCAAUGGACGAAAGACCUUCAGUUGGACGAUGGCACCCUCUAUCCUGGGGGUUUUGAAUGUGUCCGUUAGUGCAGAGGCUGUCCAGUCCCACGUGGCGUGUGACAAUGAGAUUGUGAACGUACCGGAGAGAGGACGCAUCGACACAGUCACACAGAGCCUCCUGGUGAAGGCUGAAGGAACAGAGAAGACCGACACCUACAACUGGUUGCUGUGUCCAACUGGAGUAACUAUGACAGAGGAGGUGGAACUGCAACUCCCCAAGAAUGUGGUGGAUGGAUCUGAUCGAAUUUCCCUCUCAGUCCUGGGUGACAUCCUGGGUCGGGCCCUCAAGAACCUGGAUGGACUGUUGCAGAUGCCGUAUGGGUGUGGAGAGCAGAAUAUGGCCCUCCUCGCACCCAAUAUCUACAUCCUGGAGUACCUGAGGAACACAGAGCAGCUCACUCCAGCCAUCCGAGACAAGGCCAUCAAGUUCCUCACUAGUGGUUACCAAAGGCAGCUGAACUACAAGCAUGUUGAUGGUGCAUACAGCACAUUUGGACAAGGCUCAGGGAACACUUGGCUGACUACUUUUGUUUUGAGAUCCUUUGGCAAAGCAAAGUCUUUCAUUUAUAUUGACCCGGUAAAAAUUGAGCAAUCCAAGACUUGGUUGGAACGUCAACAAGGCAAACAUGGCUGUUUCGUCAGAUUGGGGAAACUCUUUAACAACAGAAUGAAGGGUGGGGUGACAGAUGAAGUCACACUGACGGCCUACAUCACGUCUUCAAUGCUGGAGCUCAACAUGUCAGUGUCGGAUCCUGUUGUGUACAGCAGCUUGUCUUGCCUGAGGAACUCCACCAGUGAUUUGUCCAACACUUACACUACUGCUCUGCUGGCCUACACCUUUACCCUGGCAGGGGACAUGGAGACCCGGGCCCAGCUUCUGCAGCACCUGGACACGAUCGCAUUACAAGAAGGGGGUCUCCUGCACUGGACUCAGACCUCCUCAGAGACCUCAGCCUCCCUCGCGGUGGAAAUCAGCUCCUAUGUUCUGCUGGCUUCCCUCAGUGCCUCCCCUCUGUCUACCACUGACCUGGGCUAUGCCUCCCGCAUCGUCAGGUGGCUGGUGAGACAGCAGAAUGCCUACGGAGGCUUCUCUUCCACACAGGACACAGUGGUGGCCCUCCAGGCCCUGGCUCUCUACUCCACCAGGGUGUACAGUAGAGAGGGUGCCAGCACAGUCACAGUACAGUCUCCCAGUGGAGCACAGCACCUCUUCGAAGUGAACCAAAACAACAAGCUUCUCUACCAGGAGAGGGCGCUGCAGGACACAGAAGGGAAGUACAGCGUGGAAGUGAAGGGCAGUGCUUGUGCCUCAGUGCAGGUGGCGCUCCACUACAACAUCCCUACUCCUACUGACAGCACAACGCUCAGUAUCCAGGUGAAGCCAGAGGUGGACUGCAACAGUAACUCUUUGAGACCCAGAGUCACACUGAAGCUCCAGUCUCAAUAUCAUGGAAAGGAGCUGACAACCAAUAUGAUUAUAGUGGAUUUGAAAAUGCUGUCUGGGUUUGUCCCAGACCCAGAGUCUUUGGGGAGGCUGAGAAGUUCACUUUUUGUGGAUCGUGUUGAUGCUAAAGAUGACCAUGUGUUAAUGUACUUGACAGAGUUAUCAUCACGUUUUCCAUCCAACCACACCCUGGACAUCAUACAGGAGCUCCCAGUACAGAAUCUAAAGCCAGCGGUGGUCCAGAUCUACGAUUACUACCAGCCAAGUGACCAGGCAGAGACAGAAUAUGUCUUCCCUUGCAAGUAGGGGUUACAAACUGAUGUAAGAAGAAAAUGACAUUCACACAGAGGUCACACCUACAACCCUUGAGACAGCUUUCUCUAAAGUAAACUAUGUAACUGGAAUUAAAGUUUUCCAUUAUAACCCUA